GGUCACGAGUCUAAGCUCAUAAUAUCAAGGACUCAUCAAUAUCAACUCAGUUAUACCGUGAUGCAUUAUUUUUAUGAUUCCGCCGUUAUCGAUGAAAGCACACGGGUCAACUAGUUCACAAGCUAUGUAUUAAUAACCAAGGCCACAGGAGAAUAAGGUCUUACCAAACGUCUAUUCACUGCGCAGCGUGACUCAUUCAGUACUUAAGUACUUAUGUCUGACCCUCAAGUAUGGCUAAUCACAGGUACAUCAUCAGGCUUUGGUCGCCGUCUAGUAUCAAUCGUUCUAGAACGCGGUGAUCGUGUAGUCGCGACGGCCCGAUCUCUGCAGAAAAUCCAAGAUUUCCCCCAAUCUCCGAACCUACACCUCCUAGAGCUCGAUGUAACUUCUGGAAUAACUGUCAUCAAGGAACGGGUGGAUGAGGCGGCUAAGGUGUGGGGCAGAAUUGACGUGUUGGUGAACAAUGCGGGUAUUGGGCUGCUGGGACUCCUCGAGGAAUGCGGAGUGGACAUGAUGACAAGACAAUUCCGAACUAAUGUCUUCGGUGUGCUGGACGUCACGAAUGCAGUAUUACCAUACAUGCGUGAAAGGAAGAGUGGUACACUAGUUAUUAUCGGGAGUCGUAGUGCCUGGAGGCCUGAAAUCACGGGACUUGGCGCUUAUGCCUCAUCGAAGGCAGCUGUGCAGGUAAUGGGCGAAACACUUGCCGUAGAGCUUGCACCAUUCAACAUACGCGUCCUGAUCGUUGAGCCUGGCGCCUUCCGCACCGAAAACAUAUAUAGCAAUAAAUUUGACACGUGGACGAAUCCUAUACCUGAUUAUGAUGAAACACGAGCUGAGACAGCGGUGAGGUAUGGGGCUAUCCCUGGCAGGCAACCAGGAGACCCCAUGAAGGCAAUGAAAUUCGUCGUAGACGUCGUAAGGGGAGAAGGCGUUGCGGCUGGGAGGGAGUGGCCGUUGUAUCUCGCCUUGGGAGAGGAUGCAGAGAGAGAUAUCAGAAACAAAUGCAUGGUGAUGUUGAAGCAUCUUGAUGAAUGGCAGGACGUAAUCCGGGACGUGAAUCUAUGAACCGAUGAACAUCACACAGCCAUGUAUAUAUAGGGUAAACGUCAUGAAUACAGGAUGUAGAUGAGUAGGUUUAAUGUACUUGAUUCGUUUUU